CAAGGAUGUAAAUAGCUUCACCAAAAACGAAUUUAUCUUGAAUAGAUGAGAUCAAAUGAAUUUGCUCCAGAUGUCUGACAGUUAUAGUUUCACCUCCUUGCUGUUCCGGUGACCAUUUGCGGAGACUUGACGUUGGCGCACGGAGAGAUGCUGCGCUGUGUCUAAUAGAUGCGGAGGGUAUAGGAGACGCUCACUGGGCUGGAGCGCGCCCCGAGAGCAGGUCGCUUAUACGGCAGAUUUCCAUCUAGCACUUGGAUUAAAACAGCAACGCUCUCUGCUCUGGAGAAAGCUCCGUGUUUUCGCUGUAAGUCACGCUUACGCAGAAAAGACUCAAGUUUAUUUUUAUUAUUUAACUUCGGGAAUGGAGACAUUCACGGUCCCGGGAGCUCAGCUGUCUCUGGGUGACCUUUACUCCGUCAUCCCCUUCAACGUAACAUUCCCGGACGAGGAGAGCGGCUCCACGCGCAACUCCACCGAGCAGCAGGCUUCGGCGAGGAGCGCAGGGGCGAUGGUCAUGGCCGUGUCCAUCACUGCGCUCUACUCCGUCAUCUGCGUCGUGGGACUGCUGGGAAACGUCCUUGUUAUGUACGGGGUGGUCAGAUACACCAAGAUGAAAACUGCUACGAACAUCUACAUCUUUAACUUGGCUCUUGCUGACGCCCUGGCCACCAGCACAUUGCCCUUUCAAAGUGCAAAAUACUUAAUGAGCACUUGGCCUUUUGGAGAAGCUCUGUGCAAGCUCAUCAUUGCCAUUGACUACUACAACAUGUUCACAAGCAUCUUCACCCUCACUAUGAUGAGCGUGGAUCGUUACAUUGCUGUAUGUCACCCAGUCAAGGCACUGGGGUUUCGGACACCGGUCAAGGCUAAGAUGAUCAAUGUCCUAAUCUGGGUCUUAUCGUCUGCAAUAGGUGUGCCUAUUAUGGUGAUGGCUGUGACUAAAGUAACAGAUGCAGGCAACAUUGCAUGCAUGCUGAAGUUUCCUGAUCCUGACUGGUACUGGGACACUGUGACUAAGAUCUGUGUCUUCAUCUUUGCCUUUGUGGUCCCAGUAAUGGUCAUCACCAUCUGUUAUGGCCUGAUGAUUCUGCGACUGAGGAGUGUUCGUCUACUUUCUGGUUCGAAGGAGAAAGAUCGCAACAUGCGCCGAAUCACCCGUAUGGUCCUUGUGGUAGUCGCAGCUUUCAUCAUCUGUUGGACCCCCAUCCACAUAUUCAUUAUUGUAAGGACAAUGGUAGAGAUUGACACCAGGAAUCCCUUCGUAAUAGCAAGCUGGCACCUUUGCAUCGCCUUAGGCUACACCAACAGCAGUCUCAAUCCUGUCCUUUAUGCUUUUUUGGAUGAAAAUUUUAAGCGAUGCUUCAGGGACUUCUGCGUGCCCUGUCAGACUCGCGUGGAGCAAAACAGUCUGACCAGCGGCCGCAACACCACAAGGGAGCCAGUUUCUGUCUGUGCUCCAUUGGAGGCAAGGAGGAAGCCUGUAUGACUAGGCGUGGACCGUGUCCCCCACACCUCCCACUCCAGGAGGAUCCCUCUAGAUCAACAAUCUGUAGAUACGCUGGUCUCCACAACAGAGUUUUAAAGCUUUGUUCCUGAUCAUAAUCAUUUUUCUGUCCAAGAAUAAUGUGAAAACCCAUAAAUGCAUGCAACAAACUGAUUGAAGAGGGAUGUUUAAAUGACAGUGAUGAAACAUUUAUUUAAUUUUUUUUUGUCACACCUCAAAGUAACAAUAUUGGAGCACCACAAAAAACAUCCUCACAUGUAUCCUCAGCAUUGGUACCAAACAAAUAAAGAGCAAAUCUAUCCCAGUGAUGCCCACUUGAAGCUAGGGCUGAUUUCUGGAUCAACUUUCUUUGAGGAAGGAAAUGUUACAGUCAACAGUUUUAGAAAUGAACUUGACUUCUUCAUAACGGGAGCCUAUUUUUGCUUAUAUUAAACAAAGAUGUUUGGAUUUCAUUUAGCAUUUUUGUCACUCAACCAUACAGACAUCGCUCUAUUGUAAUCAGAACAUCAACGUGAAAGUGGUAGACACUGCUUGUAGCCAAACCUAAAUGAAAAAUGGGUUUGCUGUUGAAGAAGACAAGUACAAAAACAAACACUGGACAACGAGCAGCUGCUUGCACAUCUAGUUUCGUUCAAUCAGAUCACUGGUCUAUAUUUCAUAUUAAAGACAUUUGUCAUCUGUCACACUGAACAUUUGCUGGACAUUAAGGACAAGCAGCAUGGUGUUAACUACAGAGAUGCAUCACGCCUGGAAAUCCAAGAGAUCAUCAGUGAAACAGGAUUAAUGAUGUAGUGAUGAUUCAUAACUUGAAUUUUUUUAGUUUCGUUUCAAACGAAUUAAUAAAAAAGAGACGAGGCAUUGAAAUCAAGUGUAAAUCAACGUAAAGGAAUGGUGAGUGUCACCAAAUGUGUUCUUGUAUAUAAUAAAGCUUCUGCACUUAACAAAUUUAGCUUAAGACACUGCUACAAUGGUCAGGAAGUGUGCUUGUGAUUCUUUAGGCUUAUUUCUACUUUUUCGUUGAGUUAAAAAAAGAAUUUGUAAAUUUAUUAAGAGGAAGCAAAGAUGACAUUUCAAUGUUUUUAAAUUGAUUAGUUUUGCUAGGUGGAAUGGAAGUGUUGCUGUGUCAUUGAAAUGAUUUUUACAAAGGAGGUUAAAUUUUACCUUGAGACCACAUUCUGUACUUGGAUGUUUUUGUUAAAGUAAGUAAAAAGUCAAAAACAACUUUUUCCAUGAAAUUCCAUCAUAGGUUUGAAUCAAGGUAACAUCCUUUCUGCAGAGAGUCAGCCUGAUCCCCUCAAUGUCUGUACAAAAACUAUGGACAAACCCUCCGUGAUGUCACCUGUAGGUUUCUAAAAGACUGAGUUGACGCUCAGUGGGCGGUUCCGAUCACAGCCCUCUUGGCCAUGUCCAUGUCUCGACACUCCUGGGCAAUACAAAAAGAAAAAAGAGGCAGUGCUGAGAGCGAACUCUGAGGAUCUCAGUCUGCUAUUGCUCCUGGCUACAAGCUAGCCAAAGCUAACAGAGGUUUGCCGCUUUUAGCCAGAAAAAUGCAGUUGAGCAUGCAUCAACUUAUCAAGUUGCAGAGUUUCUGUGGUCUCCUCCUCCUCUGGAGAGCUCCACAGGCCACAAGCACAGACCACAGUGAUUAAAGCCAGGUGCCCGGGCUGCGUGAGCCCACCUCCUCAUUGCCAUUGACUACUACAACAUGUUCACAAGCAUCUUCACCCUGUCUAGGAUGAGUGUGGACUGUUACAUCACUGUAUGCCACCCAGUCAAGGUUGUAGGCCAGCAGGGCUUUGACUGCGGUCAGGCGGAGGUGGCCCAGCUCUGACCCAGCAAGACGCCACAGAGACGACUAUACCAACACGUCGUAUUUCAUCCAACUUGGACCAAGCACCCUUAUGCAUUUUCUUCUAUGAUUAACAUUCGAACAUGCAUUCACAGACGACACAACUAAAGCUCAGAAAAUCAAAAUGGCCGAACACUCAAGGCCGAGGCUGAGACCUCCCUGGAGCUAGCCAUUGGUGCUAGCUGUGACAGCUAAUCCUAUCUGUCAAUAAAAUCUAAUCAUUCAUAGUUUCAAGUAUUUAAAUACACCUCAAGGGAAAAGUUACAAAAGAUUCACUCCUUUGUUGUCAUGCCUGUAAACUAUUCAACCUAAAAUGGCUGUUUGUACCAGACUGUAAACAUGAUUUUUUCUGCUGUGAAGUUAGGAUUUUCUAACAUGGGAGGCAAUGAGAGUUGCCCCUAGUGGAUGAGGGGGAACAGCAAUUUUGGUCAUUUUGUGGUUGGCUUCAAAAAAUUAAGACAUAGGCUGCCCCUUGGUUUACCAUGAACAUUUCUGUCCUGUUAGCUUUGUCUUCUUUUAAGAAUACUUGUUUCCAUCCACUUACAGAAAGGUUCUUAUUGUUGCUAAGUAAGUUGAUGCUAUUUUGUCAUAAAAUGUGUAUUCUUUUAUUCAAUAAAUGGAGCCGUAGUUAAACAGUU